AUUAUUGCUACAUGGGUAAUACAUGUAUGUGUUAAUAAAGAAUUAGUGAAGAUUAUUAAUUUGAAGAUCCUUAGGCAGAAGAUAAAAAUUUACAUAAAAAAUCUAUAGUUGAUCAACAUGAAGAUAAGAUUUAAAGAGAAAAGCAUGAUCAUUAAAAAGAUUAGCAAACAGUUGAUAUUGAUCCAAUUUAAUUGAAAUCUUAUGAGAUUGAAGAUAAUCGUCCAUAAGGACUCAAACCUUUAACAAUUGAAGCUCAGGAAGAAUUCUUUGAUUAAUACCCAGUAGUAGUAAAAUAGAUGAUAUAAAAAUUACCUAAAUUAGAGAUUGAAGCAAAUUUAUCUCCUAAUUAUAAAAGAAUACCUAAUAUUGAUACUCAGUAAUAAAAUGAAUGAUAAAUUAGUUAUUAGUUAUUAAGUGGAGAUGUAUAUGUUGGAUAAUGGGUUGAAGGUAAACCAUAUGGAUUGGGCAAGAUUUAUUAUAUAGAUUAAUCUGUCUAUGAAGGAUAAGUAGUUGAUGGAAUACCAGAUGGAGAAGGAAGAAAGAUUUUUAAAGAUGGUUCUAUAUAUACUGGUUUAAAAUUAUUUUUAUAUAUAAGGUUAAUUUAAGAUGGGUGAUAUAACAGGUAAAGGAAAGUUUGUAUAAUUUAAUAAUGGUUUUGAGUAUAAAGGAGAAUUUUUAUGUGGAAAACCUGAUGGAAUAGGUAAAGAAACUUGGCCAGAUUAAACAACUUAUUAAGGUUAAUAUAAAAUGGGAAAGAAAAAUGGAAGAGGAACUUUUAUUUGGGGAAAUAGAAAGAGUUAAAAAACUGGAAAGGAAGAAUCGUUUAUAGGGGAUUUUUAAAAUGAUUUAUUUCAUGGUGUAGGUAGAUAUGAAUGGCCAGAUGGAAGAAUUUAUGAUGGAGAAUGGGUUGAAGGUAAAAUGGAAGGUAAGGGAGAAUUUAUUUGGCAAGGUAAUUUUAAUUUAAUCUAUCAAAGAUAAAAGAAAAUAUAUUGGUAGUUAUUUAAAAGAUCUUAAAUCAGGACAUGGUGUAUUGGAAUGGCCAAAUGGUAAAAAUUUAGCAGGGACUUGGAGAAUGGGUAAAUUAAAUGGAAUAGCUGUAUUAACUAUUAAAGGAAAAGUUUUGGAAGGUUAAAAUAAACCAGAACCUGAUAGAAUUUUCCUUUCAGAAUGGGAAGAUGGAAAAAGAAUCAAAUGGAUAAAUAAUCUAUCUCCUAGUCCUAUUUAUAGCAAUAUUAGUUAUCAUAGAAAUUUUGACGAACGUUCUAGUUAAUUUUAACAAUCUUAAUAUAAAUAGGAUGGAAGAAAAAACAAUAAUAAAAGAUAAAUUAAAACAAUCUUUCAAUCUGAUAAUUUUAAUAUACCAUCAGAAAAAAUAGAUUCUUAAUUCUAAUAAACAUAAAAACAAAUAGAAUAAUAAUAAUAACAAUAAUCUUUUAAUAUUAAUUCUGAUUCACAAGAGAAUUAAUUAUAAAAGUAACCUUAUGAUAUAAUUGAAAAAAAUGAAUAAGAACUUAAUCAAAAUAGGAAAGAAAAACAAAUUUAGAUACAUGAGGAAUAAAAAUUCGAUUAAACUUGA